AUGCCUACCGCAUUCCUUGGUUGUCGCGCCGCCGUUCAAGCGUUCGAAGUCGGUUUUGACCUCUUCUCGUGUUCCCGCCUCAACCGCACGACCCGAGUGCACCAGUUGAUUUCACGGAUUUCUCCGCGCGAUGCCUUGAAAAACUGUCGGCGUGAAUCCCUCAACCUGCCCAUAUCAUUACGAGAGGAUGAGCUACAAACCAGCAAAACAGUCUACAGCAACUCAGGGGAAACAGUGGACCCCAUUUUUAAUGGGAAACUUCCCGACACUCCAGCACAGCUAAUUGUUGACCUGUUUAUCUCGAGACAGGAGGAGUGUUGUAUGGAGGUGACAGAGAAGGCAACAGCGGAUGCGAGAGAGGAAUAUGGCUUACCGAACAGCGAUGACUACAAGAUAGCAAAGAAGAAGUUACCGAAGGAAAUGGAAAAGCGGCCACUGGCACGGCCGCAAACAGUCACCAGUACAGGGCGGCCCAAUGUUGCCGCCAUCACAUCAAGCCCUGAGUCGCACAACCCGAGUGCACCAGUUGAUUUCACGGAUUUCUCCGGUGAAACACCCUUGUUAGCAUUGUUUUCAGACAUCCUCGCUCGUCCUGGUGGUCCUACGCCACACGAGUCUCGUUUACUGGCGUCCGUUUACAAUGCUGCCCAAUGCGUUGAAGAACGCAACCGAAGUACUGCCUGGGAGGAAUGGCUGCAAGAACCAUUGGAUGGUCAUGCGCUUUAUAGCCCCGGCGAAUGCCUAGACUCCAGCUUUACCACGGGUGAGUCCACGAAGGCAAAAUUGAAGCAACGUGAACAUGCUCAAAAGAAUCGGGGACCUGGACACGACGAGAUGAACACUGAGGAGGAGGAGGCUGAUGACGAAAGGAUAAUGAAGGAAGCCGAUGAACAGGAUGACCGUCGUCGAAUCAAGAGCAAAAAGGCUUCGAAGAAAGUUUCACCACCAGGUGACGUAUCCAGGGAGGGGGAGGCAAUGACGAGUUGGGCGAGGCAGGCACGGAGUUUACGCGGAUUCUACGUCGUUUGGUGGCAAGUGGUGCAACCGAAAGUCCCCAUGCACGCCCUGUUGCUACUGCAAAGGCACUGGGAAAGAAACGCGCCGAUCCCGCUGGCGAAGAAAAGCGAGGCCGUUACUCAGCUCACGAGUUAG